GCAGGGGGCGUGGCGCCGAAGAUCCCGUAGCUUGCGCUGGCGCGGCGGGUUCCGGGACCGAUGGCGGCAGUCGACCUGGUCGCCGAGUUCCCCCAGCCCGCCGGUGCUGCGCGCUGGGCCGAGGUGAUGGCUCGGUUCGCCGCCGGCCUGGGCGCGCAGGGCCGACGGGUAGUGUUGGUCACGUCCGGCGGCACCAAGGUCCCCCUGGAAGCCCGGCCUGUGCGCUUCCUGGACAACUUCAGCAGCGGGCGGCGCGGUGCUACCUCGGCCGAAGCCUUCCUGGCCGCGGGCUACGGGGUCCUGUUUCUGUACCGUGCUCGCUCUGCCUUCCCCUUUGCCCACCGCUUCCCGCCCCAGACCUGGCUGUCGGCUCUGCGGCCCUCCGGCCGAGCGGCUUCGGGCUUGCUGAGCUUGGAGGCGGAGGAGAAGGCACUCCCGGGCUUCGCCGCGGCUCUGCGGAGCUACCAGGAGGCUGAGGCUGCCGGCACCUUCCUGGCCAUAGAGUUCACCACUUUGGCAGACUAUUUGCAUCUGCUGCAGGCUGCAGCCCAGGCGCUCAAUCCGCUAGGCUCUUCUGCGAUGUUUUACCUGGCUGCGGCCGUGUCAGAUUUCUAUGUUCCUGUGUCCGAAAUGCCUGAACACAAGAUCCAGUCAUCUGGGGGCCCACUGCAGGGAAAAGUUCAAUUAGAAGACUUACUUCACCAUCUUGAGAAAGAAGGGAUUGAAGUCCUUGCCUUUACAGAAGAACAACUCUACUUUGUCUGGUGCUUGUUACAGCAAAGACAGGCUGAGGACUGCUACCAGAAAUCUAGAAGAGCUGUCAGGAAGCACAUGGAAGAAAUUAAAGAAGUAGAAAAUUAUGCAAACCGUGUCUGUAACUUACCAGAGGAAAAGGAAGCGUUUUCUCAUGGUUAUGAAAAGGAAAGCAAGCAGCCUAGACAUGAGUUUAAAGGGCUCCAACUCAAACCGGAAGUGCAAAUAAAGGAGGUCGAAAUAUUGUAUCAAGAAGGCGUGUCUGAAAUAGCUCUGAGCAGCCCUAGUGAACAGAUUGCACACUUACUCAUGGAAAGAAGUACAGUCUUGAGGAAACUGGAACGAGGGGAUCCCAAACCAGAAUCACAAAGAUGUCUGAGCAGUAACCUACAGAAAGAAUUUCCCCAGGAGAAAUUUGAACAAACUCACCAGCCUCUGCAAAGGGAACAUCAGAAACAUCAAGAACUUGUGCAUCAGUCUAAAAAAAGUCUGAGUGAGUCCCAUGAUGAAGACCCAGAAAAAGGUAAAAUAUCACAAAACUGCAGAGAGAAAGAUAUGGAACAAGUAACAAGGAGGUUAGGGAUGGCCCAUGAAGAGAUCCGAAGGCUCACUGAUGAACUGCAAGGGAAGGAGAAAGAACAGAGUAAAUUAGAUUCUGCACUUGAGAAGUCUCGACUAGAAAUUGAGAAAUUGAAAGAAAAUUUGAUAAAGCUGAAAGAAAAUGACUCGGUUGACCUACGGAAAGCAAAGGAACAUAAUCAGAGACUGGAUGAGGAAAUUCUGGCUUUAAGAAAUCGAGUUCGAUCACUUGACUCAGAAAGAAAGGUACUUGGAGAAGAGGUUGAAAGGCUUAAAGGAGAAAUUUGUGAAUCUCAAGAGAAUAAGCAACUUGGAAACCACUCUCCUGGAAAAAUGGUGAGCGCUGAACAGAAAGUAGAGAUAUUGAAAAUGAGUCAAGAAAAAAUUGAACUAUUUGAAAGUGAGUUGUCAGAAGAGAGAGAAAGGAAAAAGCAAUUGACAUCUGAUCUUAAUACUGUGCAGAAGGCUUUGAAAGUUGAAAGUGAGGAAUUGCAAAAGUCAAAGUCAGAACUUAUAUGCCUUUAUAAUGAAAUUCAAAGUCUUCCAGGGGCAGAAGAAGACAGAGACCAUUUUUUAAUAGCGUAUGACCUGCUACAAAGAGAGAAUUCUGAAUUAGAAACAAAGGUCUUGAAGCUUUCAGAAGAAUUUGAGCAAUUAAAUCAUUUUACUGUAGAAAGAAAAACUGCAGCUGCUAAUUUAAUUACAACUGAAAAUAUUUGUAAAUAUCUUGUGUUUAAAGUACCAAUUUUGGAAGUAGAGAUUCAAAACCCAAAGGAAGAGAGAGAGGAGCUCUGUCCUGAAUUAGGAGAAAGUAAGCAGAAGGAAAUUCCAGAGGAGGCAGUAAAGGAGGGCACUUUUGCAAGAGAGGGACAGAAGGAGGAGGACUCACAGCAGAAACAAGAUAUGAAAGGUGAAGAACAGCAGUUGACCUUGAAGCCUGAGGAAGUCGUGAGGCUCAGAGAAGGGCUGAGCUGUAUGAAUCAGAGCCUCCUUCAGUCUCAGAGCUCUGGGGAUAGCUCAGAUGACAGUAGCGUCCAGUAUCCAUCAUCUGGAGAAAAACGGAAAUACCAGCAGCAAGAGGAGCUACAGCAACUUCGCCAGAAUUUGCACCGGCUCCAGAUUCUAUGCAACUCAGCAGAAAAGGAGCUUCGAUAUGAGCGAGGAAAGAACUUGGACUUAAAGCAGCAUAACAGCUUACUUCAGGAAGAAAGCAUUAAGAUCAAAAUUGAACUCAAGCAGGCCCAGCAGAAGUUAUUAGACAGCGCAAAGAUGUGCUCUUCACUCACGGCUGAGUGGAAGCACUGUCAGCAGAAAAUCAAGGAACUGGAGCUGGAAGUACUUAAACAGACUCAGAGCAUUAAAUCACAGAACAACCUACAGGAAAAGCUGGCUCAGGAGAAAUCUAGAGUUGCUGAUGCAGAGGAAAAGAUUUUGGAUCUGCAGCAGAAAUUAGAACAUGCUCACAAAGUCUGUCUCACAGACACUUGUAUUUUGGGGAGGAAGCAAUUAGAGGAAAGGCUAAAAGAAGCAAUAGAAAAUGAAGCUAAAAUAAAGCAACAAUAUCAGGAAGAACAACAGAAGAGGAAACUCCUAGAUCAGAAUAUGAAUGAGCUACAAGAGCAAGUGAAAAUCUUAAAGGAUAAAGAGAAUCAACUGGAAAUGACCAGUUCUCAGCAACAAUCCAGAAUUCAGCAACAAGAGACCCAACUUAAACAACUGGAAAAUGAAAAAAGAAAAUCUGAUGAGCAUCUGAAGAGCAACCAGGAAUUGUCAGAGAAGCUGUCUGGGUUGCAGCAGGAGAAAGAAGCUCUACGUGAAGAGUAUGGGCAGUUUUUGAAGCGGCUUGAUGUCCAUGUGAGAAACUAUAAUGAGAAACAUCACCACCACAAAGCCAAGCUUCGCAGAGUCAAGGAUCGUUUAGUUCAUGAAGUAGAACUCCGAGACGAGAGAAUCAAACAACUUGAAAAUGAGAUUGGAACCCUGCAGCAACAAAUGGAAAAGGAGAAGGCAUUCCAGGACCAGAUCACCACCCAAAAUGAUAUCCUGCUCCUAGAAAAGAGGAAACUUCUGGAGCAGCUCACAGAGCAAGAGGAAUUGAUCCACGGCAAUAAAUGGAUAAUAUCUUCGGUCCAGAGCAGAGUACUUUUCCUGGAUAAAGAAAAUAAGCAGCUACAAGAAAACAGUCUCCGGCUCACGCAGCAGGUUGGUCUCUUAGAGCGAAUCAUAAGGAGCAUCCAGAUCCGCAGAGGGGAGGAAACAAUUAGUGACAUCCCUGAAUUUGAAGUAUUGAAUAAAAUUGUGCCCUUACCAAACUCCAGUUUUUCAGGAACGGGUUUGAUAGAGUCAGCUGGAAGUCUUCAAGAAACUGAAGAACAUAGGUCAGAAGAAGCAAUGGUAAACGCCAAGUCCCUCGAGUCUCUUUCGUGUUCACAGAAUUCUGAAGCUGGAUAUAUAAACGUGGCUUCUCUGAAAGAAAUACAUCACAUCCAAGAAUAAGGCCAAGUCAGAACUAUAAAAUCACUGGUGUCUAAAACUAGACUGAUCAAAGCUGCUAACUUAAAGCUUGGGCGUGAAGGUGGAGCAUGACGUAGAGAAGAGUUAUGACAGAUCCUCACUGGACGUCAACCAGGAGUCUUCAAAAUUGCUGAUAAAUUCAUUAAACCUGUUCUAAUAAUGGAUUUCUCAAGUUUGUUUGGUAUCCUCAAAUGCCUUGUAUUGAUCAAUGUCAUGACUUAAGUUCAGUGGUUUAAUUAGGGGUUUUUUUUUAAGAUUCUUUUUUUGAUGUGGACCAUUUUUUUUAAAGCCUUUAUUGAAUUUGUUAAAAUAUUGCUUCUGUUUUUUAUGUUUUAGUUUUUUGGCCCCAAGGCAUGUGGGCUCUUACCUCCCCAACCAGGGAUCGAACCCACACCCCCUGCACUGGAAGGCAAAGUCUUAACCACUGGACCACCAGGGAAGUCCCUAAUUAGGUUUUUGUUCAGUAGAGCACACAUACAGCUAAUUCAGCAUUCUUUCUAUUCUUAUCAUCAUGGGUAUUUUCUUAUUUAUUUUUUAAUUUAAAAGUAAAAACAAUGUAAUCACGUUAAAGCAAAUAUUUGAGAAAACAAAAACCUAUAAAGCCCACAUUCUUAACACAACUAUUUUCAUUUAUUCUUUUCUGGUCCUUAUU